UCCUGAGCACCCACGACAUGCUGGGCAUCACGGUCCUUGCCGCGCUCCUGGCCUACGCCUCCAGCUGCGGGGUCCCCAGCUUCCUGCCCAACCUAUCGGCCCGGGUGGUGGGAGGAGAAAACGCUGUUCCCCACAGCUGGCCCUGGCAGAUCUCCCUCCAGUACCUCAGCGGUGACACAUGGAAGCACACCUGUGGCGGCACCUUGAUCACCUCUACUCACGUCCUCACGGCUGCCCACUGCAUCAGCAAAUCCCGGACUUACCGCGUGGCCCUGGGGAAGAACAACCUGGAGGUGGAAGACGAGGAAGGCUCCCUGGUCGUGGGUGUGGAUAGCAUCUUUGUCCAUGAGAAGUGGAACUCCUUGCUGAUUCGCAAUGACAUUGCCCUUAUCAAGCUGGCCGAGCCCGUGGAACUGAGUGACACUAUCCAGGUGUCAUGCCUGCCGGAGGAGGGCUCCUUGCUGCCUCAGGACUACCCCUGCUAUGUCACUGGCUGGGGCCGCCUCUGGACCAACGGCCCCAUUGCCGCCGAGCUGCAGCAGGGCCUGCAGCCCGUGGUAGAUCAUGCCACCUGCUCCCAGAGAGACUGGUGGGGCAGCACAGUGAGGGACACCAUGGUGUGUGCCGGGGGGGACGGCGUCAUCUCAGCCUGCAACGGGGACUCAGGCGGCCCGCUGAACUGCCAGGCCGAGAACGGCUCCUGGGAGGUGCGGGGCAUCGUCAGCUUCGGCUCCGGGUUGGGCUGCAACACCCGCAAGAAGCCCACAGUCUUCACCCGAGUGUCCGCCUACAUCGACUGGAUCGACCAGAAAAUCCAGCUGUGAUUCAGCCUUGGAAGUCAAGACCAAAAAUCCCAUCAGCUGCAAUAAAUCUUCUUUCCCCUCAA